AUGUUCUUCCUUUCUUUCGCUUCAAGCCUUAUGCUUGCAUACACCUUGCAAGUUGUGGCGGAUCCCCUCCCCGCAGCUCCCGCAACGCGUCGGGCGGGUGUCUCGGAUGUCACUAAGAUGUCGGCCACCGAUGUGGCUGAUUUGACGCCGUAUGCUCAUUUUGCCCAUGUUGCUUAUUGUUCGCCUUACACCGUAAAUGAAUGGAAUUGUGCAUCGUGCCUGGAGUUGUCUGACUUUGAGGUUUCUCUCGCAGGGGGUGACGGCGACGACAUCCAAUUUUACUACGUUGGCUACUGGCCGACAAAAAAUACUGUAGUAGUUGCUCACCAAGGCACAGACCUAACCUCAGUUGAAGCUAUUGACACUGAUGCCAAUGAAUCACUGAAACGCCCGGACUCAAAACUUUUUCCCGGUGUCAAAAGCGACGUCCAACUUCACAGCGGAUUUGCUGACGAGCACGCGAAAACUGCGAGCAUCAUCUUGAAGGAGGUCAAGAGCCUGCUCUCUAAACAUGGCGCCAAGAGUGUCACGCUGGUCGGACACUCUCUGGGAGGCGCUCUUUCUGAGAUUGAGUGUCUGUUCAUGACCCUGAACCUUCCCUCUAACAUCGCUAUCAAAGGUGUGACAUUUGGUAAACCCCGCGUAGGAAAUCCAGCAUGGGCCACUUUCUUUGAUUCGAAGGUACCGGACUUCCAACGCGUUAACAAUAGGUUAGAUUUUGUCCCGAUAAAUCCUGAUCGCCAGCUGGGCUUCUCACACACCCACGGAGAAGUCCACAUCGUAUCUGAUGAUGACGUAGUCCGAUGUCCAGGCAAGUGUGACGAAGACGACACGCAUGACGAGUGCACACUCCGGAGUGUGCCGGACAUGUCGUCGGGCGAUCCCUUGGACCACUUGGGUCCAUACAAUGGGGUUCUUAUCGGCUAUUGCUAA